CUUCAGUCUCCGCCCAACUUGCGGUUAAAGUGAUUGAUUUCUCGUGUUCCUCUUGAACCUCCUAAAAAACUUUCAAAAUGAAGCACCUCGCAGCUUACCUCCUGCUCACCCUCGGCGGCAACGCCUCCCCCUCUGCUGAGGACGUCAAGGCUGUCCUCAGCUCCGUCGGCAUUGAGGCCGAGGAUGAGCGUCUCGAGAAGCUCAUCUCUGAGCUCUCUGGCAAGGACGUCAACGAGCUGAUCGCCGCUGGCUCUGAGAAGCUCGCUUCCGUUCCCUCUGGCGGUGCUGGCGGUGCUGCUCCCGCUGGUGGCGCUGCUGCCGGUGGCGCUGCCGCCGCUGAGGCUGUUGAGGAGAAGGAGGAGGAGAAGGAGGAGUCCGACGAGGAUAUGGGUUUCGGCCUUUUCGACUAAGCGACCUAUUUCUAAACAGGAUCCGCAAAGUUACGACCCUCUACGAAUUUCGGAAAAGUUACGAGCAUGUUGUGCGGUUAGCCUUUCAUGGCUCUGGUGGCGUGGGAGGAUUGACUGCUCAUGGAUGGC